AUGGCUGCCUUCCACUACAACUUCGCUAUCAUUUGCAGAGUUCCUAACGCUCUGGCCAACAGAAGCGUCGGAUCGGACAAUUACCCCAAAGGGUUGGAUAUAGACAAGGCUAAACAAGAGUAUGAAACGAUCCGGGAGGUGUUGAAAAACUGCGACAUUAAUAUUAUCGAGCUUGUAGAGGAUGAAAGUUACCCUGACUGUUGCUUUGUUGACGACACGGCGGUGGUGAUCGGAAACACGGCUUUGAUAGCCCGUCCGGGACACAGUUCACGACAGGGAGAGGUGGGAGAAAUCCGUAAAGUGUUGAAGGGGGAUCUACGUAUGAAUGUUGUGGAAAUUCAGAAUGCCAAGGCAACCCUGGACGGCGGUGACGUUCUAUUUACAGGUAAGGAAAUUUUUGUUGGUGUCGGGAAGAGAACCAACGAGGCUGGGGCACAGGCCGUUGCAGAAGCUUUCCCUGAGUAUGCUGUGUCAAAGGUCAACUUUGCCAACUGUGAAGCCCUUCACCUGAAGGAUGUCUUUAACAUGGCAGGUCGUAAUGUCAUGGCCGUUGCCCCAGGACCAGACGUCCAAGGUGUUCUAAGGCAAAUGCAGGAUGUGGCAGAUUAUCCCUACCAGGUGAUGCAGAUGGACUCCCGUAUGGCCACAGAUAUGUUGUAUGUCAACGGUCAUUUGAUACAUCACGUCCGAAGUGAGAUGGGAGACAAAAGUUAUGGGACCCUAGAUGAGAAAAUCCUCUGGCCACGGCACCAUGUCCAACUGACAGAGCUGGCUAAAGUCGGCGGCACCAUUGGCAGUUUGGCUAUCCUUAUCACCCGAACUCGCAACCCCAAACGCAUCAUCAGCAAUAUCCAGGACGAGGAUCUCGGCUACUUCACCAUGUGGAAGCGGGGAACAGACGCCCCAUUGCACUUGAACUAA